AUGGUUUUUACCACUAGAUCUCCUCAUAUUGGCAUAAUUGAGGACUUCGGAGAGAUUCAAGACUAUGAAAAAGGGUUUGUAUACUAUUUCGCGGUUUUACUCUUUGUUAUAGUCACAAUUUUUUCAACACUACUCACUGCAACUUUCAUAAUUGUUUCCAUUUUUCUAUGGAACCAUUUUAAACCGAUAAAAUUCUUCUGGUUUUUAUCCCAGCUCACAAUAUCAGCAUUUCUGAUAUCCACUCUAAACCUGCUUAUCAAUGUCCCAGCUGCCCUGUCCUUGAUUUCCGCAGAGAUUGCUCAAUCUCGUGAGAAGUCCUUUAUCAAGAACCCAACUAAAAUCAGAUAA